GUCAGAGCUAGGGACCAUGCCGUCCCAGGCUCAGGGAUAAAAACCAUCGGGCCCAAGGGCCAUCCAUAUUCCAUCUCCACUCUUUCCUCCACAAACUGGGACUCAUCCCCGCUGCAAAGCACAGCCUAAGAGCAAGGGAACAAAAGACCAUGCUUUCACAUAAUACCAUGGUGAAGCAGAGAAAACAGCAAGCAUCAGCCAUCAUGAAGGAAAUCCAUGGAAAUGAUGUAGAUGGCAUGCACCUGGGCAAAAAAGUCAGCAUCCCCAGAGACAUCAUGUUGGAAGAAUUAUCCCAUCUCAGUAACCGUGGCGCCAGACUAUUUAAGAUGCGACAAAGAAGAUCUGAUAAAUAUACAUUUGAAAAUUUCCAGUAUGAAACUAAAGCACAAAUAAAUCACAACAUUGCCAUGCAGAAUGGGAAACUGGAUGGAAGCAACUUGGAAGGUGGCUCACAGCAAGCCCCAUUCACCCCUCCCAACACUCCGGAUCCACGAAGUCCCCCAAAUCCAGAAAACAUUGCACCAGGAUAUUCUGGACCACUUAAGGAAAUUCCUCCUGAAAAGUUCAACACCACGGCUGUCCCUAAGUACUAUCAGUCACCCUGGGAACAGGCCAUUAGCGAUGAUCCGGAGCUUUUAGAGGCUUUAUACCCUAAAUUUUUCAAGCCUGAAGGAAAAGUAGAACUGCCUGAUUACAGGAGCUUUAACAGAGUUGCCACCCCAUUUGGAGGUUUUGAAAAAGCAUCAAAAAUGGUUAAAUUCAAAGUUCCAGAUUUUGAGCUACUACUUCUAACAGAUCCCAGGUUUACAGUUUUUGCCAAUCCUCUUUCUGGCAGACGGUCCUUUAAUAGGACUCCAAAGGGAUGGAUAUCUGAGAAUAUUCCUAUAGUGAUAACAACUGAGCCUACAGAGGAUACCACUGUACCAGAAACAGAAGACCUAUGAAAAGAAAGUUGUAUUUGCCACAAAACCUCUAAACAUAAAUGUUGCUGUUUUAUUAUUCUACUUACUGGCAAAGCCACUUACACUCUUCAUUAGUAGCAAUAAUUUAAUAGCAAUUUAGCAAUUUUCCUUUUAUCACAUUUAAAUUCAAUCUCAGAUCAAACACUAAUAAACAAUUUGAAAUCUUGUUUUAAAAACUUUCGACUCACUUGUCUUUAUUCAUAAUUUUGUUUUCACCUGGUCUAAACAAUCCAGGCUUUUCACCGAGAAAGUCCAGAAGAGUAACUGACAACAAAAGGUUUCAUCUUCUUUUCCUUUAAUAUGAGCUACUUUUUAAUAAGUUUUUCAAGUGGAAUCUAGAAUUAAAGUGCAGUGCAAGAUAUUUAGACUCAUUUGGAGUUUUCUUUAAGGGAUGAAAGUUAUGGAAGCCAAUAUACAAACAUUGAUGGAGAAAAGGGUUGGAAAAGUUUCCUUUCUGGUGACCAGGAUAAAAUAGCAUGUCUGGAUAAAGACUUUUCAUUAGUCAUUCUUAGAAUCUAAACUGCUUGUAUUUUUUGAUCAGCUUUGAAUCACUAGGUAACUAUUCCAGAUGACAUUCU